GGAAUGGGGGCUAUGGAGGGCGCCCUUCGCCGGCCCCAGGCAGCCCUCCCACCCGCGCCCGCUGCAGGGCCCGCGUCUGCGGUCGGCCGCGGGCGGGCGGCGGCCUGGCCCCACUGCGCGGGUGGGCAGACCGAGGCCCGGCCCGGCCCCGCCGCCUUCCCCGCCCCCGGCGCGCCCCUCCCCGGGCGCCGCGUCCGCGGCUCGGCCGCACAGCGCCCGCUCGGGGUUCCGGCGGCAGCACCUGGGCCGCGGCUGGCGUCCGCGGGGGCACGCUGCCCGCCCCCCUCGGCGAUGACCACGGCCAGCGCCCCGGGCGCCCUACCUGCGGGGACUCCUGUGAGCAGCCUCCAUGAGGCCCUGGACCAGUGCAUGACCGCCCUUGACCUCUUCCUCACCAACCAGUUCUCAGAAGCACUCAACUACCUCAAGCCCAGAACCAAGGAAAGCAUGUACCACUCACUGACUUAUGCCACCAUCCUGGAGAUGCAGGCUAUGAUGACCUUUGACCCCCAGGACAUCCUACUUGCUGGCAACAUGAUGAAGGAGGCACAGUCGCUCUGUCAGAGGCACCGGAAGAAGUCCUCCGUAACAGAUUCCUUCAGCAGCCUGGUGCACCGUCCCACUAUGGACCAGUUCACAGAAGAGGAAAUCCACGCUGAGGUCUGCUAUGCAGAAUGCCUGCUGCAGAGAGCGGCCCUGACCUUCCUACAGGAUGAGAACAUGGUGAGCUUCAUCAAGGGCGGCAUCAAAGUUCGAAACAGCUACCAGACCUACAAGGAGCUGGACAGCCUGGUGCAGUCCUCACAGUACUGCAAGGGGGAGAACCACAGGCACUUUGAAGGAGGGGUGAAGCUCGGCGUGGGAGCCUUCAACCUGACGCUGUCCAUGCUUCCUACCAGGAUCCUGCGGCUGCUCGAGUUCGUAGGGUUUUCAGGAAACAAGGACUAUGGGCUGCUGCAGCUGCAGGAGGGGGCGUCGGGGCACAGCCUCCGCGCCGCGCUCUGCGUCAUGCUGCUGCUCUGCUACCACACGUUCCUCACCUUCGUGCUCGGCACCGGCAACGUCAACAUCGAGGAGGCAGAGAAGCUCUUGAGACCCUACCUGAAGCGAUACCCUAAGGGCGCCAUCUUCCUGUUCUUUGCGGGGCGGAUUGAAGUCAUUAAAGGCAAUGUUGAUGCGGCCAUCCGGCGGUUCGAGGAGUGCUGUGAGGCCCAGCAGCACUGGAAGCAGUUCCACCACAUGUGCUACUGGGAGCUGAUGUGGUGCUUCACCUACAAGGGCCAGUGGAAGAUGGCUUACUUCUACGCAGACCUGCUCAGCAAGGAGAACUCCUGGUCCAAGGCCACCUACAUCUACAUGAAGGCCGCCUACCUCAGCAUGUUUGGGAAGGAGGACUACAAACCGUUCGGAGAUGACGAAGUGGAGUUGUUUAGAGCUGUGCCAGGCCUGAAACUCAAGAUUGCUGGGAAAUCUCUACCCACAGAGAAGUUUGCCAUCCGGAAGUCCAGACGCUACCUCUCCCCUAAACCUAUCUCAUUGCCCAUCCCUGCUCUGGAAAUGAUGUACAUUUGGAAUGGCUAUGCUGUGAUUGGGAAGCAGCCGGAACUCACAGACGGGAUCCUUGAGAUUAUCAUCAAGGCUGAAGAGAUGCUGGAAAAGGGCCCAGAGAAUGAGUACUCAGCGGAUGAUGAGUGCUUGGUGAAGCUGCUGAAAGGCCUGUGUCUGAAAUAUCUGGGCCGUGUCCAGGAGGCUGAGGAGAAUUUCAGGAGCAUCUCUGCCAAUGAAAAGAGGAUUAAAUAUGACCACUACUUGAUCCCAAAUGCCCUGCUGGAGCUGGCCCUGCUGUCUAUGGAGCAAGGCAGAAAUGAAGAGGCUGUCAAACUCUUGGAAACUGCCAAGCAAAACUAUAAGAAUUAUUCCAUGGAGUCAAGGACACAUUUUCGAAUCCAGGCAGCCACACUCCAAGCCAAGUCUUCCCUAGAAAAAGGCAACAGAUCUAUGGUCUCAUCAGUGUCCUUGUAGUUUCGUGCAGCAGUCCCAGGCUGGAAGGCAGAAUCAGCUGGACAGAGCUCCUGGAAACAUUUCAGAAAGAACCCCGCCCCCUGCCCUGCCUUUGGGGUCCACCGGUGCUCCAGUGGGACAGCACAACCUAGGUGUCUGUGCGAAAGUGAAGCCAGCAUGCUCACCAGUGCGGCCAAGGGCUUCUGUCAAGGCCAGAGCAAGUGGAGCUCCCUGCCUUGCCCUGUCACACAUACGGGUACUUGUUUUUCACUGUGAUGUUAACAGAAUGUAUGAACAGUUUACAUUUUCCUUAGAAAUACACUGAUGGAAUCAAAGUUGGCUUUGGGGGAAGAAAAAACACCAACCAACCACCUGUAUGUAAAUCAUUGUUAGACUUCAGCGAGGUCUCAGCUUCCAGGGCUGGAAGGACCCAAAAGAGGAUCUGGAUCUCAGGCUUCAAGAUUUCUGAGGGCUAAACACAGAGGUUUCACACAAUCCCACUACCUUACUUCUUACAGCCCCUUUGUAAUUCUGCAAUUGAAAAAAAAAACAAAACAUGUCUUUUUAGUGAGAUAAUCUUGAGUCCAUUUGUAGGAAAAAAAACAUCAAUUCCUACUACCACAGAAUGGUGAUAUCGAGGCCUGAAGGAAGGGGAGCCCUUUCUGUGCCAAAGCCAAGAAAUUUGGCAGGUAAAGUUUCUCAGACACUGGUCUGCUAUACGCCAAACUGACACCACUGGGAAUGAUUUAUGAAAGAUAAAAAAUCUUCUAUACUUCAGUACAUUUAUUUACUGAUAGCAUUUUUCUUAGGAACAGAAUGGUUAUUCUUAGCCUGUUUAUGUAUGUUUUAGAUUUUUCAGUUAAGAGAAAAGCUAUAUUUCAGUAAUAAAAAAAAUUUAUUAUUUCAGUAAUAAAAAUACACUUCAGAGAUCAUGCAACAUCUAUUUCAGUAAAAUACUUUGUUGCUUGAAUUCUUGGGCAGGGCAGAAAGUUUCAAUCAGAAGCCAUAUGGCCCAAGCAUGUUUUAUUUAGACAACUUAAUGUUUUAAAAUUUUCAGAAUAAGUUAACAAACAUUUAAAAAUGGGGAGACUUCACAAAUAAAUCUGGUUUCUGGCUUCUUACUUUAAAAAUCUGGCAAUACUGGGCCUCAUUCUCACAAGGCAACAAUCAGUUGGAGCUGAGGAGAAACUCUUUUCAACGUUUAUCCUUCUGGCCCCUAAAGGUGUCUGACUAACUCAAACACACAAAUGCAGUUUCUGUAAGGGAAGGACCACAGACGACUUUUCCAGUCUUCCAGCCUGCUGUAUUUAGCGAACACUUUUAAGCAUAUGCUAGGGACAGGGUGGUUUAAUCUAUUAAUAUACAGCCAAGUUUCCUGUGACUGAUAUUGAAUGGAGUUAUAGGUUUUAGGUAAAGCAUGUUCUCAUUAGGAAAAGACAGUCCAAAGAUCCUCUUCUGCACUUAGUGUACUGUCAGAAAGAAAUGCAACCAAAAGAAAGAUCUAUCUUGUCAGAACUAGACAAAAGGAUGCUUUCCACAAAGGGCAAGCUCUCUCUCUUCCACAGCCUGGGUGCUGGGAGCCCAGCCCAGCAGGGCAGGUGAAAGGGUUGAACUAGAGCUAGGCUGCUGAACAGGGUGGCCUCUUGGCCCCCUCACAUAUCAGAAUGCUACCCAUUACAGUAUAAAAGCAGUACUGGUCACUGCAUACCAAACAUAAAAUUGCCGUUUACAAAAACCUUUCUUUCAUUUCAGUGUUCAUUUUAGGUGUUUUUAAACUUUUUAUGCCAGGGUGAUUUCCUAGUUGUUGCUGUUUCCUUCUGGGCUUCACGCAUUAGCCCUCCAGCACCUUAAUGUCUGUCUGCUGCCCUGGCUGCAGUCUUGCUAUCAGUUUUGUCUCCUUUUAUCCUACCUGCAUGCAGCUUGAGCUCCUCCCUCAAAAACAUGCUUGUGAAGGGAGGUCCCUGGCGGUCCAGUGGUUAGAACCUGGUGCUUUCACGGAUGUGGCUGGGCUUCAAUCCCUGGUCAGGGAGCGAAGAUCCUGCAAGCUGAAUGGCCAAAAACAAACAUGUAUGUGAAGGAAGGUGGAAAGGCUGGGUGUCUGACGCCACCGUAUCCUUGUGCAGAGGCCUCUGAAGGUGAAAAUGCUGUCUUGGGCUUCUCACUGUGUCUUGAGCCAUUUCUGAUCAUUGCUUCUCAAACACUGCACCUUCCUAGCACAUCUGCCCUAGAAAGGCAGCUGAUCAGGGGAGGAGAGUUCUGGCCUCCAAGUAAGGAGACCUAAUUCCAGCCCCUGCUUUGCUACUACUGCUUUUUCUGCAUGACCCUGGGAAUCAUGGAGCCUCUAAAAUUUAGUAAUUUGAACUAGAUUAAGACUCUCUCCUGCUGUCAACAGUUCUAAUUCUGUUCAAGUCUUGUUUCUGGGCUUUCAUCUCCAAAAAGAGGCAACUGAUCUAUGCCUCCCUACCUUUUGUCAAAGGCUUUGUCCCCAGGUGGCUUACCAGAAGUGAUGAUAGACUCCCUCAAUCAGGGGCCUCUACAGUGGUCCAGGACACCCAGAGAGCAAUUAAUCCUCAUUUGCAGAAAGUCUGAAUCCUUGCCACACAGAGGAACUCGGUUGUUAGGGAGCAGCAACUGUGUAACAUGCUCUGAACAGGCUCUUGGCAAUAAAGUCUACUCUGCCUCUCACUGGUCCCAGGCCUUGAACUGGCAGGGUAGCUUCCAGCAGUGUGCUGUGUCCCUAUCAGCUCUCCCCUAUGUUGGCAGGAUUCCCUAUUCCUUAUCUCUCAAGUCAGAAUAGGAGCGCUUCCAAGACAGCUGUCGUCAUUCACAGCAAAAAAGCCAUGACUUGACAGUGAAGCCAGGACUCUAAAAGGCCAGCGCCAACCAAACACUUGGCUCAGGUCCGAGUGGGAGAUUCCCAGCAACUGAAGGGAGCACUGGGGGAUUUUAGAAAGCCCCAGCCUGCUGAGUGCCUGAAUCAUUCAACAAGGGAAUAAAAUCCAAAGAUGCUUUUCUCUGGAGUGACUCCCAAGUUCAUUUCUUCUAAGAUGGUGAGUGGAAAACAGUCUUCCUCUUUGCUUCAAAUUUAGUCCAACAGUGUGCCUUCUCAACAGUUCUUUUAUGUCCUUAGCACCAUCACACUAAUUCACUAAUAAAUGUGAGGUGUCCGGAUUCUGAAAACCAAGCAGCAAAUGGGAACUUCUCACCCUCACCCUCAGAUGCAGUUUUCCAAGGCAGGAAAGUGCCUUUCUGCUUGAGUUAGCAUAGUUCUGUGGAAAUCUGGUGCAAAGUUCAUCACUGUCUGACAGGGUGAAGUAAAUCCACAAACAAGGAGCCUCAGGGCCUUAAAAAUCCAUUUCGAAGUAAGCAGUCUAUGAGUUGCUUCCAGUGUUUACUUAGCUCUUAAAAUGACAAAAUAUAAUAGAGCCCUUACCUUUGGUAAGAUAACAAUUACAGAAGAUUGCUGUGGACGUCUAAAUAUUAAGUGCUACUUACCAGUUGUGAGUCUGAGUAGUCUGCAAGUAUCUAAUCCUCAAAAACCACUCUAUGAAGUAGGGCUAUUAUUGCCAUUUUUCAGAUGAGAAAACUGAGACACAGGUUGAACAACUUGCCUAAGAUCACACAGCUAUUACGCAUCAGAAAUAUUUGAAGCCAAGCAGUUGAACUCUAAAGCUCAUGCUUUGCUAAACUACUGGUCAAGCUUUCCAAUUAUCAGCUUCAAGUUGGAUCUGAUUUAAUUGACUCUUGGGCCACUGUUAAGUAAGGAAAAGGUACUGGCUAACAGCUCAAACACUAGAAACCCUUGGCUUGGAGUGCAUGGAAUUAUGUCUGUGUGGCAUGGUUCCCCACAUGGCACUUGGCAUCAUGAGGUAGGGGCAGGGUCUAAGCUGGACAAAGGCAGUUCUUAAGCAACCAUAUCUGCUCAUAAAAUUAAGGAUGUUGGAGGAAAAUGUAUGAGCUAAUCCCAGUUAAAGAGGUAGAGUUCCAGCCAGCUACUCCAGAGAUGGAAAGUGAACUGAUGCAGAGGCUCAGGCCUGGACUGUGGCUUGAGUCCAAACUAUAUACUAGAAGAGAUUUGGUAUAAGACACUAAGAGGCAGAAACACUGGCAAACUUAGAAGCAUAUGAUGCUGAAAACACUCUUAGAAUUUAAGUUUUUAAGUGCUUAAGAGUGCUGGCUGGCCAAACAUUUCACAUCUGUGGGUUAAAGUGGUUCAUGGCCCAGAAAUCUGUUGCCCUUGGGCUAGAGGUGACUUUCUGACAUCUAUCUAUGGAAAAGAGGUAGUGAGCAAAUUCGUAAGAGAAGAGCCUGAUCUACUAAAAAUGGCAACUUUAAAUUCUAUUAACUACAUGGGAUAGUGGCUAUAAGUACAGCUUGAAUUCAAAUUAUUUUACUGCUUUGAGAAUCAGUUCACUGCUAUAAAAUAGGGCUAAUGUCAACUGCUUCACAGGCCUGCUUAAGAUAAAAAGAAAUCAACUAAAUAAAUAGCCUAACUAAACAAACAGCCCCUAGUAUAUUAAGGUACAUGUAUUGGCCCACAUGAACCGUGGGAAGGCAGUGGUGAGUUUGGCCUGGGGAUGACUGAAUCAAUGGUUCAAGUGCAUCUAUUAGGCCUUUUCCAACCCUUCACUUUGUUCUUGUGUUAGAUUCUCUCAAACUGACUCUUCUGCAUGGUGGUUCAGACCUUACAUCCAUAUAGCUUUGUAACCAGAAGGAAAGGGCUCCUUGCCCUACCCCAAAUAAGGACUCUUGAUUAGUCUGACUUGGCUCAAAUGUCCUUCCCUCAGGCUGGUGGCUUCCCAGCAUUAGAUAUCUGAGAAUUUGUUAGAAAUGCAAAUGACCAAGUCCCCUCCUUUCAAUGUAGGGGUGAGGUUGAACAACUGCAGUCCUCCAGGUGGAUCUGAUGCACACUGAAGUGUGAGAACUACCUUGGAAAGGGCGUGAGGUAAUACAAUUGGUCCAUCUUGGGUUACACACUUGGUUGGGAGUUGUUACUAAAAAACAUGGGGCACUUGGCAGACAAAAACAACAUGUAUCCACUAUACACCCUUUCUUUCAAAAGUUGGUUCCCAGGUGAAGGGGCAGUACUGAUUAGAGACAAGGCUUAUCAGCAAGCUGCCCACUCAGGAGGAGCUUUGCCUUUGUCCUUCUUGCUACCCUCAAAAAUCUCUGUGAGAUCCCUACUUUCCAAUGGGGACCUCCUUGAUGGUGGCUUCCACUCCAUCAGAAAUGCUCAGACUCCCUGCUUUCUCCUUCCCUUCACUUAAUAAAUAUCUGCUGAGAACCUAAA